UCGGAAACACCACUAUUUCCUCACCCAAUUUUAAUUUCCCAAUAAACAGGAAGAAAAAGCAAUCAAAUCAAUAAUUUAUUUCGUUUUAUAAAGCAGGAAGCUAAUUUAGCCACCGUAUUUAACCAUGUACGUAUAGUUGAAAACCAAAACCCUAAAAGGGGUUCUUUGUAAGAACCAAUUCGCCGCCCUGUUUGAUCAGAACCGUCGACCUCACCGCCCCCCACUCUCACUAACCUUUUCUUCAGCUUCAUCUGUAGAAAUCAUAGCUUUCUUUGUUUCCCUCUCUCUGCUGCAUCUCCAGUCAAAUGUAAAAAUCAUAGCUUUAUCUCUGUAUAUAAUCUAUUCUCCUUACUUUGAUCAUCUAAACCGACUCCCUUGGAGUUUUGAUGAUCAAAGAUUGGAUUUUUAUGGGUUGAGCCAGGCGAUUCGAGGGUUUUAAACAGAUGGGUUUUUGGUAUUUUUUUCUGGGUAAGUAGGUUUUAGGUACUUUAGAUUAUAAAGUUGGAAUUUUGUAGCUUUUUCUAGUGUAAGUUGUUUGGAAGGUGUAAACAUGCCGUCUGAAUUGGGAAAAGAAGGAUCAUAUGGGGACGAAUUGGAGAAAGAAGUCAGCUUGUUGCUUAGGCAACAAGAAGCCGAUGUUGAUCGUGAAAAGGAGUUGAAUUUGUACAGAAGUGGGUCAGCUCCUCCCACGGUUGAGGGUUCACUGAGUGCAGUUGGGGGUCUGUUCAAUCAUGGUGGUGGUGGGUUUAUGUCUGAGGAAGAGCUUAGGUCUGAUCCUGCUUAUUUAUCUUACUACUAUUCCAAUGUGAACCUAAACCCAAGGCUUCCUCCGCCUUCACUGUCGAAAGAGGAUUGGCGGUCCGCGCAGCGGUUGCAGGGAGGGAGUUCUGCGGUGGGUGGGAUUGGAGAUAGGAGGAAAUUGAGCCGGAACGAUAGCGUUGGUGGGGGAAUAUCUCAGUUUUCGAUGCCCCCGGGGUUUGGCUCUAAGAAAGGAGAGAGUGAGAGUGAGUUGGAUAAAGUCCGUGGUUCAUCGGAGUGGGGUGGUGAUGUACUGAUUGGGUUACCUGGUUUAGGACCCGGUGGGAAACAGAAGAGCCUUGCUGAAAUAUUUCAGGAUGAUUUGGGGCGUGCAACUCCUGGCUCUAGGAAUCCUUCGCGCACUGCCAGCCGUAAUGCUUUUGAAAACAGUGAGACCGUAGAUUCUUCUGAAGCUGAGUUGGCUCAUUUGCGUAGAGAAUUGGCAUCUCCAAAUCUUAUCCAAUCCAGUGUAAAUGUUCAGAGCUUAUCUGAUGGGAAAAAUGUUGGCCCACCUGUAUCAUAUUCGUAUGCUGCAAUUUUGGGUGGUUCCUUGUCCCGAAGCACCACCCCCGAUCCCCAACUCAUUGCUAGGGCUCCUAGCCCUUGCCUUGCUCCUAUUGGUGGAGAGAGAGUAAGCAUGUCUGAAAAGAGAAGCAUUAAUAGUCCAAUCUCAUUCAACAGUGUCUCAGCUUCGGCCACAGAGUCUGCUGAUCUGGUCACCGCUUUAUCUGGCUUGACCCUUUCAAAUGGUAUGAUAGAUGUACAGAAGCAUUUACCACCACAGAUUGAACAUGAUGCAGAUGAUCCCAAUACCUAUCCCUUCAAUUUGCAAAGCAGUCAGAAUAAUGUUACGCAGCAACAUCCGUACGCAAACAAAUCUGAAUCUGGGCAUUUUCAUAUGUCUUUUGCCGAGCAGUCAGCAAAAACGUCGUAUCCAGAUUCGCGCACGAGCAAUGGGGCUCUGCAUAGAACCACUGCUUCUUCCAAUAAAUCGUACCUGAAAGGAUCUCCUACUUCUACACAUAACAAUAAGGGAAGCUUAUCUUCUCACUAUCAGCAUAUGGAUGCUGCCAAUUCUUCGUUUCUGAACUACGGUUUAGGCGGGUACUCUGUAAACACAGGCACUUCUAAUAUGCCACCUUUAUUCGAAACUGUUGCUGCGGCAUCACCUAUGGUGUCCCCUGGAAUGGACUCUAGGAUGUUAGGCGGAGGUUUGCCUUUUGGAUCAAAUGUGAGCCCUGGAGCAUCAGAAUCACAUCAUUUCAGCAGAAUUGGGAACCAGGUGGGACCACUGGUGGAUCCUGCGUAUCUUCAGUACUUGAGGACGGCAGAGUAUGCGGCAGGACAAGCUGCACAUGUUCAUGAUCCCUACCUGGAUACAAAUUACUUGGGGAAUUCUUACAUGGAUUUACUCCAGAAAGCUUAUCUGGGUUCUAUGAUGUCACCUCAGAAAUCACAGUAUGGUGGUCCCAUUGGCAUCAAAUCUGGUGGUUCUAAUCACCACGGUUACUAUGGAACUCCUGCAUAUGGUGUUGGUUUGUCAUAUCCUGGGAGUCCCUUGCCUAGUCCUGUCAUUCCGAACUCUCCUGUUGGACUAAAUAUGCGAUACCCUACUGGCAUGAGAAACUUAGGUGGGGGUGUGAUGGGACCUUGGCACUUACAGACUGGUUCUAAUGUGGAAGAUAGCUUUGCAUCAUCUUUGCUGGAAGAGUUUAAGGGCAAUAAAGCUAAAUGUUUUGAACUUUCGGAAAUUGCAGGUCAUGUUGUUGAGUUCAGUGCGGAUCAAUAUGGAAGCCGAUUCAUUCAACAAAAGCUCGAAACAGCUACUGAAGACGAGAAAACCAUGGUUUUUGAGGAAAUCAAUGCCCACGCUCUUACUUUGAUGACUGAUGUGUUUGGUAAUUAUGUAGUGCAAAAGUUUUUUGAGCACGGAAUGGUAUCCCAUAGGAGAGAACUGGCUGGCAAGCUUUUUGGGAAUGUGCUGACACUUAGCCUUCAAAUGUAUGGUUGUCGAGUGAUCCAGAAGGCAAUUGAAGUUGUUGAUCUGGACCAAAAGAUUAAAAUGGUUGAAGAGCUCGAUGGUCAUAUCAUACGCUGUGUGCGUGAUCAGAAUGGGAACCAUGUGAUCCAGAAGUGUAUUGAAUGUGUUCCUGAAGAACAUAUUCAGUUCAUAGUUUCCACAUUUUUUGGUCAAGUUGUGUCACUUUCCACCCAUCCAUAUGGGUGUCGUGUGAUACAGAGAAUAUUGGAGCAUUGUGAAGACCCAAAUACCCAGAGUAAAGUGAUGGAUGAAGUUUUGGGAUCUGUUAGCAUGUUAGCACAAGAUCAGUAUGGCAAUUAUGUUGUUCAGCAUGUACUGGAGCAUGGAAAGCCUCAUGAGCGUUCCACUAUAAUCAAGGAAUUAGCCGGUAGGAUUGUCCAAAUGAGCCAGCAGAAGUUUGCAUCAAAUGUUGUGGAGAAAUGUUUAACUUUUGGCGGUCCCGCUGAACGCCAGCUCCUGGUGAAUGAGAUGCUUGGCUCUACUGAUGAAAAUGAGCCUCUUCAGGCAAUGAUGAAAGAUCAGUUUGCAAAUUAUGUUGUACAAAAAGUACUAGAAACUUGUGAUGAUCAGCAACGUGAGCUGAUCCUGACGCGAAUUAAGGUUCAUCUGAAUGCACUGAAAAAAUACACCUAUGGAAAGCACAUUGUUGCUCGUGUAGAGAAGCUUGUCGUGGCUGGUGAAAGGAGAAUUUCUGCGCAGUUUAUGCAGCCUGCUUAAGACGCCAUAGGGUAGAACGUUGUUGUACAGCUAACCGAGGCUAGUUUGAGCUACCUCUUUCUCUCUCCCCUGUAUCUAGUGUUGUGGCUCGGCCUAUCUUUCGGAAGGUAAGAGCAGAUUGAAAAUAAAGUUGUUGCUUGUACUAGGAAACCUGUACAUUGUGUAGUUUUAAGGUGGUUUAUAUAUAGAAUCAGGUUAAGCUGAGGCUCGUAUUUCAGGAGAUAUAAAUCAGGAUACAUGUUUUUAAGGGUGUAAAAAAUGAGAAAUCUGAGAUGUAAGUUAUGUUUAGGCGUGACUGUACAAAAUGUUCAUGUGGAGAGAGGAUGUUUAUGUGAGGCUGGAAAGUUUUCGUAUGUAAGGUAUUUGACGAUUUCUGUA